ACAGAAAAAUAAAAUAAAAGAUAUAGGUAUAAAAGCAGAAAAACUUUUUGAUACUCUUCUUUCACCAAUAAAAAACUAACUUUAUUUUAAUUGGAACGUAAUAUUUUUUUCAAAAAUAUAUUACGUACAAAAUUGUGAUAUUAAUUAAGAAUAAUUCUAUUAAGUAAGUGUAAAUUUAUAAAUUUUAACCAAAACACAAAAAAAAUGUCUUCACCAUGGGGUAAAGUUGAAAACGUGCAAAGCAUGAAUUUCGCUGAAAUCAUGUCCGAAGAAUAUGCACGUGAAAUGCAUAAUAAAGAAAUCAAAAAGAAUGAACAAUUGCUUCUUGAUCGAUUAAAGAAUGCUACAAAAAUUAAAGAAAAAGAACUUUCUUUAGAUAGCAAAGAAGAACCACCACAACAAGAUUCGUUGUGGGAAGAUAACUGUGAAGCAUCAGGAAGCUCUACGAAUGGAUCAUAUGCACAAGCAUUAAAGAUUCCUACUGACAUUGACAAAAACACCGACUCGAACGCAAAAGACAAUGACGAAGAAUGGGAAGAUUGCUCUGAAUUGCUUGAAAAACCCAAAUCACCCGAAUCAGCCUUACCCAAAGCUGAACCAAUUCCAGAAUUCAUUCUGGACGUCUUGCGUAAAGAUGCUGGUGACAUGGGUUGCGAUUCAGAUGCACUAAUUGCACAAAUGAUGCAAUCCCAAUACGACCAUGAAUACAACGAAGAAGUCAAGCGAAUUGAAAAGAAACGCAAUCGCGAUUCCAAGGUAUCAAUAUCCUUGGACAAUUACAUGCGCGAUGGUGAUUUAGAAUUCUUAACCGAAGAAGAGCAAUAUGAAGUUGGUGAAAAACGAGAUUGGGAUCGUUUCGAAACCAACGAGAAGCUCUUCGAGACAAUCCCGAAAUGGGGAUUUAAGAUUGGCGAAGAUGGUGAAAAGAUUACCAAACACGAUGACAAUAUUUGCAGUGUUCGUAAUGCCUGCAGGGUAAUGUCAUUCCCACCGGAAUUCCCCACGGGUGAUGCAGCGGCAUUUGAUAUGAAAUUGUCGAAUCAGGUCUUUAAUCAGUUGAGAACUUAUUCGAGUAAAAAGAAUAAGAAAUCAAAGAUGCAAGAUCGUAAAGAGAAUGUUGCAACUGCUGAGAUGGGAGUCGAUGCACCAACUCGUUUGUUGCUUUACAAAUUGAUUAAUAAUCAAAUAUUAGAGCAAGUUAAUGGAAUUGUAUCGACUGGAAAGGAAGCAGUCAUUUUGCAUGGCUCCCCUGAUCCAAAUUAUGUGGGAGAUUUAAUUCUUCCAAAAGAAUGCGCUAUUAAAAUCUUUAAAACCACUUUGAAUGAGUUUAAGCAGCGGGAUCGUUACAUUAAAGAUGACUAUCGUUUUAAGGACCGCUUUAGUAAACAAAAUAACCGAGUUAUUAUAAAUAUGUGGGCGGAGAAGGAAAUGCAUAAUAUGAUGAGAAUGCGUGAUGCUGGGAUUAAUUGUCCUGAUGUUGUUACUCUUAAGAAACAUGUUCUAGUCAUGUCAUUUAUUGGAGACAAUCAUAAUGCAGCUCCAAAGCUUAAAGAUGCUCGUCUUAGCGAAGCUGAAUUGAGUCUUGCCUAUGAGGAGAUUAUUGAAAUGAUGCACAGGCUUCAUAAUGUUGCCAAGUUGGUUCAUGCUGAUUUGUCUGAGUACAAUAUUCUUUGGCAUGAUGGAAAAUGUUGGUUUAUUGAUGUUGCUCAAUCUGUUGAGCCGGAACAUCCGAGUGCAUUGGAGUUUCUAAUGCGUGAUUGUGGAAAUAUUGUAACUUUCUUUAAAAAACGUGGACUGCCAAAUGUUUAUACACGAGAAAAACUAUUUGAGUAUAUUACCUCGCUGGAUGCUGCCAAACAUAAUGCUGCCAUGUUGGAAAGAAUUCAUACUCGUGGGGCGUCUAUUAAAGAAGCAACUGCUCCAAAUCAAGAAGAAGUUCCAGAUGAAUUUAAACCAUUGGCAUAUCCAUUUGAAACAGCUUGGGAGAAAUCAUUGGAAGAUAAAAGACUUGCAAAAGAAGUUGAAGUAACAGAUGCAUUGAAAGUACUCAGUGUUAAGGAUGGUGGAGAAGAGAUUUAUGUUGCAGCUGAUUCAAAAAUUUAGUUACAAAAUUCAUUUUUUUUUUAUUGAAAUUUAUCAAAAAAAGACUACUAAAAAUAAACUUUGACGGAAUUAAAGUCAAUUUAUUUAAUUGUUCAACAAA